GGGUGCGGCAUGGAGGCCGAUUACCCCGCUUUCGAAAACCCGCUCUGCGGCGAGUUCAAGCACAUUUACCAAAGGAUCAAAGAGACCUAUAAGGAGAUCAAAGAGGAUCUCACCCCUUACAAGGAUGAUCGUUACUACAGACUGGCUCCAAUGCGAUUAUAUACUCUGUCCAAACGCCACUUUGUUUUGGUCUUUGUAGUAUUCUUCAUUUGUUUUGGCUUGACGGUCUUAAUAGGCAUUGCAGGUCCCAAAGUCAUUGAAUGCAUAUCAGAAAUACCUCCGAUGACUAAUGGUUCAAAGACAAAGUCAUUUCCUUUAAGUUCGCCACCAGUAUCUACUUAUAAUCAACAACUCUGGCUUACCUGUACAGUGCACUUGGAGCAACCUUCUGAUAACAAAUUCGAUAGCUUGAAAAUUAGAUUUAUUAUGUCAGUUACAAUACGUGGUGUACUAAAGAAUGGAAGUGUACGGUACUAUAAUAAAGAAACUCACAACCGGACAAGGAUAUUCAACUGUGCUAAGGAUUGUGAUGAAAUUAUCGUGGUUCAUCUUGGUUAUUUGAAUUUCACUCGUUACAACAUUGUUGUUACCUUUGACAAGUCUCUUGAGAACUACCACCUCAAGAGUUACAGCUUCACAUGGAAAACUUAUAACCCAGCCUUCUCCCAGGUGGAAAUCUGGUUCCGAUUUGUCUUUGUGGUUCUUACUUUUAUAGUCACAUGUCUCUUUGCUCACUCCCUGCGCAAGUUCUCCAUGCGAGAUUGGGGGAUAGAGCAGAAGUGGAUGUCAAUCCUCCUCCCCCUGCUAUUACUUUAUAAUGACCCAUUUUUCCCCCUUUCAUUCCUAAUCAACAGCUGGUUUCCUGGAAUGCUAGAUGACCUCUUUCAGUCUUUGUUCUUGUGUGCCUUGCUGCUGUUCUGGCUUUGUGUCUACCACGGGAUCAGAGUACAGGGAGAAAGGAAAUGCAUGACCUUUUAUUUUCCCAAAUUCCUUAUUGUUGGUCUCCUGUGGCUGGCUUCUGUUACGCUAGGGAUAUGGCAAACGGUCAAUGAACUACACGAUCCAACAUACCAAUAUGAGACUGACACAAAUAACUUUCAGGGGAUGAAAAUCUUCUUCCUUGUUGUGGCGACAGUCUACAUUUUGUACCUUUUAUUUCUAAUAAUCCGGGCGUGCUCAGAGCUUCGGAAUAUGCCCUACGUUGAUCUCAGGUUGAAAUUCUUGACUGCGCUGACAUUCAUAGUGCUUAUCAUUAGCAUUGCUAUAUUUUAUUUGCGUUUUGGAGCACAGGUUCUUCAAGACAAUUUUGUGGCUGAGCUUUCAACCCAUUAUCAUAAUUCUGCAGAAUUCUUAUCAUUCUAUGGCUUAUUAAAUUUCUAUCUAUACACGUUAGCCUUUGUGUAUUCACCAUCAAAAAAUGCCCUGUAUGAAUCUCAGUUGAAAGACAACCCAGCCUUUUCCAUGUUGAAUGAUUCCGAUGACGAUGUUAUCUAUGGGAGUGACUACGAAGAAAUGCCACUUCAGAAUGGCCAGGCUAUCAGAGCCAAAUUCAAAGAGGAAUCGGACAGUGAUUAAAUUUGCACAGGAACAGCCAAGAAUAUGGAACAAGAGUAAUGUUAUAUUUCCUAUAGUCAAGUGAACCUUGCUUUUGGUGGAAGUAUGUCCUUUAUUCCAGUCAUUUUCUGUUUACAAAACUAAAAUGGAUGGGAGUGAGAAAUGAAUGUUUAGUAACAUUUAUUUUUAAGAAACCUGUGGUUUACCCACUCCCCUCUUGUAAAACUCAGUAGCAACAGGAUGCAUUCACGGAUGGAAUGCUGUGGAAUCAGAUUAUUAAAUCAAUAUGUUUUGGGGGGGAGUCUUAGCUUAUUAUGGAUUAACAACUGAAUACUGGAUUUCCUAAUUCCUUCAUUACUAAUAUAAGAGAAUAUUUGCAGUUCAGGGUUGAACUGUGGA